AUAUAUAUUUUUUUAUUUUAUACUUUCAUUUAUCGAUAGUGUAACUUGCUGCAGCAAAAUAAAUAAAUGUGUCCAUGUGUGUUCAUCCAUCAAAAGUCAGGGGGCAUUGGCCCAACAUUCUACAGAUAAAACUUGCUAAAAAAGUUAGUUUUGAGCCUUAGCACUCUCCAAAGCACCGCGGUGGUACAAGCACAGCAUCUCAGAGGUGAGCUUUUUGUGAAUGCGUGCUUCUUUAGCCAUUUGGAUGGGGGUGGGACUAGGGGGGAAAAGAUCUCGAUGGGGAAACAGAGUUCGAUACAACACCGGACUUGGUUUUUAUAGACAUAUGGCACAUUUAUGCUCUGAGGCAACAAGCAAUAUGUGGGUGGGGCGGUGAGGUGAUCAGAAGACCCCAAUCUUCCAAAAAAAUACUGUUUCAUAUUCAUGCAGUAGAAGUUUUUGUGAUGUUUCCAUAAUUAUGUGCACAAUCUGUUGAGACCUGACUAUUUCACACAUGACAUUAACCUGUGCAUAGCGGUUUCUGUGAUUUGUUCAAAAAGUCAAACAUAACAGUAGAAAAGGUGGCAUCAAACUGAGUAUCAAGGUCAAGCAGGACUACAAUAGGACAACUGAACUGAGCCUCUGCUAUGUUUAGAAUGGAGGAUUCAAAUAAACAAUUUCUGCUCAUAAUAUUCUCUAUUACUUAACUUGAAAAUUAAUUUAGAAAUAUAUUUAUUGAGAAUAGAUGGGUCCAGAAAAAUCCAGAGGUCAAUUAACUGUUAAUGGAGAAAUAAUAGUGACGUUAAUAGUUGUCAUAUGAGGCACAACGAUGACACAGGUCUUGAGCCGAGGCCAACAUAACCUCCUUUCAAAACAGUUGCUGCCCUUUAUCAGAGCCUUCAUCCGUUUAUUCAGCGUAGAUGCCAGCCGUAGUAAGGUUUAAUCCUAAUCCACUUGCGCCUUGUUUUGUUUAGGUGAUCACGGGGCCUGUCCAAGACCCUUGGCUCUGCUAAUCACAAGCCUGUAGCUAGUGUGUGUUUGUGAUUGCUGAGAGUGUGUAGCUGCAGAGAGGGGAUAUCUAAUUACAACAUUACAGCCACUGGGACCUGUGCCUGGGAAAUGGAAAAGUCUAAGUGAUACUGCAUACUUCAUUUUGUAUUUACUUCAAUUAUAAGAGUGUUGCUGGCAAAUUUGUAGAAGAAAAUGACAAUGUUUCUUUAAAAGCUGCUAAAGAAGUGAGGGGAGGUAAUGAAAAAAAGGUAACGUGGGCAGGUAAGGUUCCUUUUGGCUAAUCUGGUACUUUGGUUUUAUUUGGCUGUGGAUUGUUCUGUUUUACAAUAGGUUUGGUAACUUUUAAUUGGCCCUUUAGACAUUAAAUAAAAUGCUUAUUAUAUCCAUACUUUUGCAAUAAUGUUGUAAAAAAUCAUGUAAGUAUAAAUAAUAAGAAUUAUUUCUCCAAAUUAUUUAGAUUUGUAUAUGUUGUUGUGAAUGCUGUUUAUGAUUUAUUGCCAAAAAUGUAUAUGUCCAGCAUUUUUCUAAUAUAAAAAUAGAUAAAAUGAUAGAAAAAUGUCUUAUACUGUAUAUAAAAAUCUAUCAUUGCAUUAUUCCCAUGUUAUAAAACACAAGCUCAGACACCUCAGACUCAUACAUGAAAGUAUCUUUGUCUUUGAUAGUGAAAACAGCAAUGGGAUGUGGCAUGGGAAAAUCAGAACAACAGCAGAAGAAAUGUGACAGAGUGUGCAUCUCAGUUCCAGCUGCCACUGCAAUCAGAGCGGCUCUGUUAAUCCAGCGCUGGUACCGUCAGUAUGUUGCCCGGCUGGAGAUGAGACGCAGGUGCACGUGGAACAUCUUUCAGUCUAUUGAAUAUGCAGGAGAGCAAGACCAGAUCAAGCUCUAUAAUUUCUUUGGUUUCUUGAUGGACCACUUCACCCCAGCCAGCAGUGAAAGAAACCUAAUAUCUCACAUCUUUCGUAAGAAUGAAAUCUGCCGUGACAUAGAAUGGGAGAGAUAUUUUUGCUAUAAGAGCAUUGAGGUACCCGACAGCUAUACCGGCCCCCAUCUGACCUUCCCUGUGACCUUUUGUGGGGUGUCGAAGCUGGUGGAGGCCUUCAAGCACAAACAACAGCUCCAUGCUCGAUAUGUUCUGCAGCUUCUUGGAGAGACUUGGAGACUUCUAAGAAUUCUUCCAAAUAUCAAUCAAGUCUCCGUCUGUCAUACUAAGGAGAUUACCAUAUGUGGAGAUUUACAUGGACACCUUGAAGAUCUGCUGUUGAUAUUCUAUAAGAAUGGUUUGCCGUCCUCUGAGAAACCGUAUGUCUUCAAUGGAGACUUUGUGGAUCGUGGCAAAAACUCCUUAGAGAUCCUGCUCAUCCUGUUUGGGUUCCUGCUGGUCUAUCCCAAUGAUGUCCAUCUGAACAGAGGGAACCAUGAGGACCACAUUGUUAACCUGAGAUAUGGUUUCACUAAAGAAGUUUUGGGAAAAUAUAGGAUGCAUGGCAAGAAGAUUCUAAAGCUUCUCCAGAAGAUUUUCAGCUGGCUGCCUCUGGCAACAGUGAUUGAUCACAAGGUGCUGAUUGUGCAUGGUGGGAUCUCUGACAUGACAGACCUCAACACGAUAGCCAGAGUGGACAGACACAAAUAUGUGUCGGCUCUCAGGCCUCCCAAGCUGACGCAUCACACAGUUAAUGGCAGUAAGACAAUGAACAACAGGAACACAAAGGAAGCUCUUGGACCAGUGGAAGGCCGGCGUCGAGUGUGUUCUCUGACUUACCACAGCUCAGCCCCGGCUCACAGGCACGGCUUGCCACGCCGUUCGCUCCACAACGUGCCCAUGAGCAGUCAACUCAACUGGUCAGUGGAGGAGGAGCUGAAAAAGAGGCGCAAACUGGCUGGGUUUGACCAGUCCUACGGUGAACUGAAGAAGUCUGACUCUGACUCAGACUCGGAGUCUGGAGAAACAGAGACAGAUGAGCAUGAGUGGAAACAAAUAGUGGACAUGUUGUGGAGUGACCCAAUGCCCCAAAAUGGCUGCAUUCCCAAUGAGGUGCGAGGCGGAGGCUGCUACUGGGGGCCAGAUGUCACUGAGGAAGUGCUGGGAAGACACAACCUCCAGCUCCUCAUCCGCUCCCAUGAGUGCAAACAGGAAGGCUAUGAGUUCUGCCACAACCGCAGGGUGCUGACCAUAUUUUCAGCGUCUAACUACUAUGAGGUGGGCAGCAACAGAGGAGCCUACAUCAGAAUGGGCCCUGAUCUGGUGCCCCACUUCAUUCAGUAUCAGGCCAGCAGGACAUGCAGAGAGCUCACCCUGAGACAAAGUGUCGGGUGGACAGAGAGAUCAGCUCUGCGAGCUCUAAGGGAACAACUGUUUGUGCACAAGUCAGAUCUCAUCAGUGCCUUCCAGGAGUUUGAUCCUAACAACACAGGGAUGAUCUCUCUAAGGCACUGGGCCAGCGCCACAGAGAGGGUACUGAAUCUGGGUCUGCCCUGGAGGGUGCUUCGCCCUCAGCUUGUCAGCAGCACCCAGUAUGGCAUGGUGGACUACCAGCAGUGGAUAAGGGAGCUGUCCAUCACUGAGCCCAAACUAGAGAUCUCAGAUAACAGUAUCCUGGAGACUAUGUACAAAAAUCACUCCAACCUGGAAACCAUCUUCAGAAUCAUAGACACAGAUCACUCAGGUCUGAUCUCUUUCGAGGAAUUUCAUCAGACCUGGAAGCUCCUGAGCUCUCAUCUUAACACAAAGAUCAGUGACGAGGCCAUCGCAGACCUGGCACAGAGUAUCGACUUCAACAAGGACGGGAGCAUCGAUAUCAAUGAGUUCAUGGAGGCUUUCCGGCUGGUGGACCUCUCUGCACAUACCUGAGCCUGAACCAGGAGCUGUAGCUGUACCUGCUGCAUAGAGAACACCAAGAACUGUCUUGGAUAGACUUGUUCACCUGGAUACAUGUCUGUGGAAAUCCAAAUGUUUAGUAGUGUCUCAUCCAUUUGACCUAUGUGUGGGUUGAUUGUGUGCAUUACUGUUUAUCCACAUGCAAACUAGAUGUUUUCUACCUCUUAGAUUUUUGGCUCUUUUUUACCUUUUUUAUUUGAGUUUAUUUAAGAAGUUGAUGUAUUUUAAGGAUUUGUGCGUAACUUAAUGAUCACCUGUUUAGUUAUGCAUAAAAAACAUCAAACACAUGUGAUGUUGUCUUCGCCUUUCAUGUUGAGUGCAACGUUGACAAUGUUUGGCCCAAAGAAGUUAGGAAUCAAAGGAACCCCACCGACUUACACAUCAAUGUCUGUGUACAGGUCUUACAGAGUACAAAAGCAAAUGUGAAAAAAGUUGUACAAAGCCUUUUGUGACUCCAGAGGGAGCUGCGUGAGGUCUGAUAAACUGACUCAAGUGAUGUCACAGAGUCAGCGUCUGCUGGUGUUGAAGACUACAGGUUAGAAAACGAAAAUAAUCUGGGGGUGUGGAGUUAG